AUGGCCUCCGUCAACAACCCACAACUACGUCUACUCAACGCUCUCCGAGCAAAUGCUAAGCCUAUUAUGACCUUCUUGGGUCUUCCGUCUUUUCGGACAGCCCAAAUUGUAGCUCAAACUGGUGUCGAUGGCAUUAUCAUCGACUGUGAACAUGGGCAUAUCAGCGACGACUCUAUGCACAGCUCAACAGCUGCCAUCGCUGCCUUAGGGGUAUCACCACUUGUCCGUCUCCGAAUGACCCACUCGGAUUUGAUCAAAAGAGCAUUGGAUGCAGGUGCACAUGGCAUCGUUGUUCCUCAAAUCAACACAGCCGAAGAAGCCAAAGCCGUGGUCUCGUACGCCAAAUUUCCCCCUAACGGUCUUCGUGGGCAAGGUUCGGCAUUUCCGGCCAUCACACAUGGCAUUGACCUUCCGACGUACUUGAAAACAGCAAAUGAGACGCUUAUCACCUGUCUUCAAAUUGAGUCCAAAGCAGGUGUGGACAACGUAGACGCCAUUUGUGCGGUCCCUGGCGUUGAUAUGCUUUUCAUCGGCCCAAAUGACCUGGCACUGUCGAUCCUGGGCUAUGUGCCCGCGAGAGGUGACGAGCCUGCCUUUGUCGACGCGAUCGAGAAGAUCGUGGCAGCGGCCCGCAGACAUGGCAAGUGGGUUGGUCGAUUAUCAAAUGACGGGGCUUCAUCCAAGGAGCAUUUGAAGGUAUUUGACACAGUAGCGAUGAGCUAUGAUAUUCGGGCGAUGCAGAACUGGUAUAGAAAUGAGCUGCAAGCGGCGAGGUUUUAG